AUGACCUACAACGUCUGGUCCCGCGACGACGUUGUCGUCUACGAGCGGAUGAAGGUGAUCGGUGACCUCGUUCGGCAACAUUCGCCGGACGUAAUCUUCUUCCAGGAAAUCACGCCCUACAUCCACUUGAUCUUCGAAAGCUUCCCAUGGUGGGACGACUACCACUGCUCACCAGUGCCCCCGGAAAAACAAACGGUGAACCAUCACUUCUGCCUGAUGUUGAGCAAGCUUCCAAUGGAGAGCUACGCGCGCUGGAAGUUUGGCACUUCCCCGACUGGCAAGUGCUACCUAGAGGCCGAUAUUACCCCUGGAUCAAUGAAGCCGAUCCGCAUCGCCACUACGCAGCUCGAGUGCCCCAUGCCACCGGCGUCGAUGCACCUCAGGGAUCGGUACAUGCAGGCCAAGCACGCCGUCUCUGCGCUGAGCAGCGGGGACAACGUUGUGUUCGGUGGCGACAUGAGCUGGGACGACAAGGCCGACAUGCCGUUCCCUCUCCAUGCAGGCUGGUGCGACGCCUGGGAAAAACUGAAAUGUGGGACUGGAGGUGAUAGUUGGACGUACAGUAGUUUGUGGGUGGAGAAGCCCCGGGAGUUCGGUGGCUUCGAAUUCCCUCACCUCUACAAGCGGUCAGACCGAUUUUUGUGCAAGCUACAAGACUACACUCUGGAAACAAUUGAGCUGAUCGGGGUUGGUCAUCUUGAGAUAUAUUGUUACCAUAAGGACCGCAGCAACGGCCACUUUAAGAUAAUGCCGAGUUGUCAUCGUGGGUUGGUUCUCACAAUCGUCCCCAAGUGA